ACUAAUAAAGCUUAACAAGUUUUGCGGUACAGAAUCGUACCCUGGAAUUCUUGCAACCCUUUAAAAAAUUAUCUUUGGUAAUUUUAAGUUCCAAAAAAAAAGUGUUGCGGUACAGAAGAUUCCUUCCCCCUUUUGGCUGUUUAUAUGAUCAAAAUAUUACAUUUUCUAUGAUAGUUAUGUCCUUUGUGUGCUUUUCUCAAGUGGGUCUCCUAAGUUAUUCAGUGUUCUUCCUUUUCUAGCCUAGAGAUUUUUUUUGUGGGUGUGAUCACUCCAAAAAGUGAAUCUCAAGUUCUUGGCGAAUGUGUGACUUGUGGUUAACGAUCCUAAGCAAUGAGCUGCUGUAUCCGAAAUGGUUCCAAUUAGAGUUGAAAAUCAAGACAACUCGUCGGCUACUUGUUGGUUUCUGGUUACUAUAGAUGGAAGGUUAUUCAAACUCCAAUUCUAGAGGGUUCAAAACCUCUGGUGUUUCAGACAGGAACACUGAGUUCCCACCAGUUGAUGAGUGUGUCAGAAGCGUGUUUGGUAGUAGCACACACAAACCCUCCUCCGAAGAAAAUUCUUUAGGGGUUGACCCUUUCGUUAGAUCCUUGGAAUGGGGUGACGUCAGCUUACGACAGUGGCUUGAUAAGCCUGAACGGUCUGUAGAUGUUUUAGAGUGCUUGCACAUUUUCAGACAAAUCGUGGAGAUUGUGAAUGCGGCUCACUCUCAAGGCAUUGUUGUUCAUAACGUUAAGCCAUCUUGUUUUGUCAUGUCUUCUUUUAACCAUGUUUCCUUCAUCGAAUCCGCUUCUUGUUCUGACUCCGGCUCUGAGGACGGUCCAAUUAGCCAGAAGGAAGAGAAAGGAUCAUAUAACAAGAUUUUGGGGAGACAAAUCGAGAAGCUAGAGGAAGAGAAGAAGCAACGUUGUUUACCGAUGAAACAUGUAUUAGCAAUGGAGACAAGUUGGUAUACUAGCCCUGAAGAGGAGUUUGGUUCUCCAAGUACUUGCGCUUCAGAUGUCUACCGUCUAGGCGUUCUUCUUUUCGAGCUAUUCUGCCCUGUGACUUCAAGAGAGGAGAAGUCAAGAACUAUGUCUAGUUUAAGACAUCGUGUACUUCCGCCUCAGAUACUGCUCAAAUGUCAUAAAGAAGCUUCUUUCUGCUUGUGGCUACUCCAUCCCGAGCCAAUUUGUCGACCAUCAAUGAGUGACUUGCUGCAGAGUGAGUUUAUAACCGAACCAAGAGACAAUUUGGUUGAACAUGAAGCAGCAAUAGAGCUGAGAGAUAGAAUCGAGGAACAAGAGUCGUUACUCGAUUUGUUGCUACUGAUUCAACAAAGAAAGCAAGAUUCUGCUUAUAGAUUGCGGGAUACUGUUUCACUUCUUUCUUCAGACAUUGAGCAAGUUGUGAAGAGACAGCUGAUUCUGAAGAAAAAAGGAAGCUCAUACUCUGAUCUCAGUAAAGAUGAUCACCAAUCUCCCUCUGGUCCUUCUACAUUGUUGGCCUCAAGAAAACGGUUUAGACAAGUGGAAAUAGACGUUGAAGUUGAUGAAGAGAGUCAAGGAAGCACACUUCUUGAAAGCUCCAGGUUGAUGAGAAACUUCAAGAAGCUAGAAACGGUCUACUUUCUAACAAGGCGCAGGCAAAUGAAAGCUGCUGCUUUAGGGAAAUCAUUAACUAGACAUUCGCCUUUGAGUAGUGAAAACGGGAGAGGAGGUUCAAUGAUAAGCUCAGUAAGCAACCCUGUUUCCAACAAUGAUCCUCCGAGACAAGGCGGGUGGAUAGAUCCAUUCCUUGAGGGUUUAUGCAAAUACUUAUCGUUCAGUAAGCUCAGAGUGAAAGCGGAUUUGAAACAAGGAGACUUGUUGCACUCUUAUAACCUAGUUUGCGCUCUUGCAUUUGACCGUGACGGAGAGCUUUUCGCCACUGCUGGUGCAAACAAGAAGAUCAAGAUCUUCGAAUGUAACUCCAUUGUAAACAGUAACCGGGACAUUCACUAUCCGGUUGUGGAACUAGCUAGCCGGUCAACGCUAAGUAGUGUAUGUUGGAACAGUUACAUAAAGAGUCAGAUUGCAUCAAGUAACUUUGAAGGUGUGGUUCAGAUAUGGGAUGUUGCAAGAAGCCAGUUGGUUACAGAGAUGAAGGAGCACAAGAAGAGAGUAUGGUCCAUUGAUAUUUCAUCAGCAGACCCUACUUUGCUGGCUAGUGGAAGUGAUGAUGGAACCGUUAAGCUAUGGAGUAUCAAUCAGGGAGUUAGUACUGGAACCAUCAAGACAAAGGCUAAUAUAUGCUGUGUCCAGUUCCCAUCAGACUCGGGCCGGUGUUUAGCGUUUGGUUCUGCAGAUCACAAAGUGUAUUACUACGAUCUUAGGAACCCCAAGAUUCCUCUGAGCACAAUGGUUGGUCAUAGCAAGACAGUGAGUAAUGUCAAGUUUGUGGAUUCAUCCACUCUUGUGUCUUCUUCUACUGACAACACGCUGAAGCUUUGGGAUUUAUCGAUGUCUGCUUCUGGUGUUAAUGAAACCCCUCUUCAUUCAUUUGCUGGACACACUAAUCUAAAGAACUUUGUUGGCUUAUCUGUCUCUGAUGGGUAUAUAGCUACAGGCUCAGAGACUAACGAGGUUUUCGUGUACCACAAGGCAUUCCCAAUGCCGGUGAUGUCAUACAUGUUCAGCAACACUGACUCCAUGUCAGGUCUUGAAAUCGACGAUGCCUCACAGUUCAUAUCUUCAAUCUGCUGGCGUGGACAGUCGUCUACGCUAGUCGCUGCUAACUCCAAUGGCAACAUCAAGAUUCUUGAAAUGGUGGCUUGAGAGCCUCUCAGGAAACAAAAGCAAAAGGAUACCUUCAAAAGAUCUCUAGUUCUUCUUGUGAUAGAGAUCUGUUUUGUUGGACUACUAUAUAGGGUAAAUCAAUUACUAAAAAGGUUAGGAAAAGAAAGAAAGAUUGUGUAUAGAAUUUCAUUAAAGAUAUUGAUGUUGGAUCUUUGUAUUUGUAAACAUCUCAAUAAAAUAGAUUAUAAC